GGUUAGGUCAUUUUAAUAUUUGGGUGAAAACAUCCAUUUCUUGCUUGUCGCUUUGAGCCUUCAUAUUAAAGCUAACUUUUUUUUUUUUAUAGAUCUGAUGGUGCGGAAAGAACAGACUCAUCAACAGAAUGAAAUAGAUGAGAAACAGCAAUUUGAGAAACCCCAAGAAAUAACGACUGAUGAAAAACCCACACUGACUAAAAAGACUUCACACGGAACACCUCGGAAAUCCAAAUCGGGGUGUAUUUUCAGCUGUAAACAGAGUAGAAAGAGUUUCAGUCAAAAGUCAAACCUUGAUGUUCACAUGAGAGUUCACACUAGGGAGCAACCUUUCACCUGCGAACAGUGUGGAAAGAGUUUUGGUCAAAAACAAAGCUUUAAAGCCCACAUGAGAAUUCACACUAGAGAAAGGUUGUACACAUGCCAACUGUGUGGAAAAAGCUUUUAUCAUGCUGGACACUUUGCAGCACACAUGAGAAUUCACACUGGAGAGAAGCCUUUUAGCUGUAAGCAGUGUGGAAAGAGUUUUAGUCAAAAGCCAAACCUUGAUGUUCACAUGAGAGUUCACACAGGGGAGAAACCUUACACCUGCGAACAGUGUGGAAAGAGUUUUAGUCAAAAACGAAGCUUUAAAGCCCACAUGAGAAUUCACACUGGAGAGAGGCCGUACACAUGCCAACAGUGUGGAAAAAGCUUCUGUCAUGCAAGAAACUUGGAAGUGCACAUGAGAACUCAUACUGGAGAGAAGCCUUUCAGCUGUAAACAGUGUAGAAAGAAUUUCAGUAAAAAACAAGACCUUUACAUCCACAUGAGGAUUCACACUGGAGAGAAACCUUACACAUGCACAGAGUGUGGUAAAAGUUUCCCACAUAAAAACACACUCAAUCACCACAUGAGAACUCACACUGGAGAGAAGCCGUUUGUAUGUGCUCAGUGUGGAAAGAGCUUCACAACCAAAUUUAGCCUCAAGAACCACAUGAAUGGUCACACUGGAACCAUAGUGUUCACAUGUGAUCAGUGUGGAAAGAGUCUCACACGCAAAGACACCAUUAAGCAACACAUGAAGACUCACUCAAGAGAAGAUCGUUUUAGAUGCUGUAAGUGUGGAAAGGGCUUUAAAAGUAAAAGAAGCCUCAACACUCACAUGAAGCUUCACAAUGCAGAGCAGAGUCCUCAACAUUGAGGUCUUG